AUGGGAAAGGAAAACUUGUUGCAUACGGUAAAGGAUGAAAUGAGCAACAAGGAUUGCUUACCUAUUGAGAGUGAAGAAUCAGGGACUCACCCACGCCAUAGUCUAGACAAGGAGGCAGGCUUGCCAUGUUGUCGUGUCUGCCAAUGUGCUGAACCUGACAUAAGGGGAGAUGCUGCAUUAGGUUUGUUGGGAAUCACUCCUCCAUUACAAGAAGCAAGUAAAAGCUAUGGGGAGGCACGGCCUAAUAGAAAAGAAGUUCUGAAAGACGUUGAAAAUAAAUUUUCUCUCAAAAAGAACAUUGGAAGAGAAGCUGGGCUUGUGGAUUUUAUUAGUCCCGAUGGGGAGGUUUUCAUUUGUAGUACAGAUUUGGAGAUGGGACCAGGUCACCAUCACGACACAUUGGUUGAGCUUGGUUGUUCUUGCAAAAAUGACCUUGCUUUAGUACACUAUGCCUGCGCUCUAAAAUGGUUUGUUAACCAUGGAUCCACUGUUUGUGAAAUUUGUGGACAUGUUGCAGAAAAUAUUAGAACUUCUGACUUCAAAAAGGUUGUGGGUUCUUUAAAGGAAUUUGGAUCAUUGAGAGAAAGGACUGCUAGUGGAGAACCAAUUCCUGCACUGGUGCCUACAAAUCAAGGUGCAGAUCCCGAUGCUGUGGCUGCCAUCCGAAGGCAACGACUUAGUGAGAUUUCAUUGUGGUUUAAUCCGCAUAAUAAUAAUAACUAUAACAAUUCUGCUGCAGUUUCACAGGUUGUUUCUGAACAACCUUUGAAUACUGUCUCAGAAGAUGUUGUCCCUGAUGAAAAUCCUGCAACCAAGUGGGCUGUGGAAGGUACUGGAAUUCUGCUUGCUACAGGACUUCUUACUGUUACUCUUGCAUGGCUCAUCGCCCCUCGUGUUGGGAAGAAAACUGCCAGAAGCGGCCUUCAUAUUCUCCUCGGAGGCAUUUGUGCCCUAACAGUUGUGGUUUUCUUUCGCUUUUUUGUGCUUACCAGAAUCAAGUAUGGACCUGCACGCUACUGGGCAAUCCUGUUUGUCUUCUGGUUUCUUGUCUUUGGUAUAUGGGCUUCACGCACCCAUGGCGCUCAUGCGACGUGA